AGAAGGGAGUAACGGGACUGUGGUCACGGGCCGCCCCAGCCACGCACCAUGCCCUACCUGCUCAUCAGCACCCAGAUCCGCAUGGAGGUGGGCCCCACCAUGGUGGGUGAUGAGCAUUCGGACCCGGAGCUGAUGCAGCACCUGGGAGCCUCAAAGAGAAGUGUCCUGGGAAACAACUUUUAUGAAUACUACGUCAACGACCCUCCUCGCAUAGUCCUGGACAAGCUGGAACUCAAGGGCUUCCGUGUGUUGAGCAUGACAGGGGUGGGCCAGACGCUGGUGUGGUGCCUGCACAAGGGAUGACCAGGGUGAGCUGACUGUGGACAGGGCUCCUGUUCUUGGGGGCCGCCAUGUGCCCUGACCCCCAUCCUUGCAACACUGUCUGCCCCGCCCACUUUCCUGUCCGCUUCCUUGUCCAACACCGACGGGCCGUGAACGGCCUAGGGAACCUUGCUCCAGUCGGCUGGGCACAGCAGGCCUUCUGGUGCUUUCAGCUCCCACAGCUGGAGGCCUGACACUGGCUCUGCUCUAGGCCAUGUGCUGAAGGCAGGCUACCCAGAGAACACUCCCUGGAUCCUGCACAGCUAGUCCAAGCCAAUAAAAUGCUCUC